CCACAGAGAGCUUGUGAGCGAGUGUUUACACUCGAGCGAUGAAACGGAGAGAGCAAAUCCGUGGACUCUCGUGGUUAAACUGCUGAGUCAUGUGGUGACGUUUGUCCAAAUGUUGUGUGAAACCACACCACAGUCUGUAGCCCGGAUCCUCCGGCACCCUGCACUGCUCCGGAGGUGGGGAAGGAAGAGUUACACUGUUUAGCAGCCGGCAGUCUUCAAAGUGAGUGGCUCAUCUGAUGCGAGGAGAAAAACCAGCUCAAUGAGCAGAUAAAGGGAUGGUCCAGUGCUGAUGGCGCACCCUGAGCUGUUUGUGACGAGAGCGCCCCCUGUGGAGGGGGGUGCCGUGGAGCUCGGUGGUCUGGGCUUCCUGGAUUCAUUUGGGGAAGAAAACAACACGGCAGAGAGAUGCUACCACGCCCACUCCCGCAGCAGCGUCCUCCAGGGCCUGCCAUUUGGAGGCGUGCCCACGGUUCUCGCCAUCAACGCGGUGCUCUGGAUGUUCUUGCUGCUCAUCUUCUCCUGUCUGAGGAAGGCUGCAUGGGACUACGGCCGCCUGGCUCUGCUGAUGGAGAACGACAGUCUGACGUCCCUGUUUUAUGGAGAAGCAGGUGAGAAGGAGAAGUCUCCCUCCGAGUCCAGCCCCUCUGACUCUGAGACCAAGGACCUGGGCUUCUGCUCGUGGCUCUCAUCCCUUUACCAUAUGAAGGACGAGGAGAUCCGCAGCAAAUGUGGCAUCGAUGCCGUCACGUACCUGUCCUUCCAGCGCCACAUCAUCCUGCUCAUGACUGUGGUGUGCUUGCUGUCUUUGGCCGUAAUCCUGCCGGUCAACUUUUCCGGGAACCUCCUGGGAGACAGUCCUGAAAACUUUGGAAGAACAACACUGGCUAAUGUCAGUGCAAAGGACAGCUUCCUGUGGCUGCACAGCAUCCUCGCUCUGGUUUACUUCAUCAUCACGUCGCUGUGCAUGGUUCAUCACUCGAUACGGCUGGAGUACAGAGAAGAUGAGAAGGUAGCCAGGACACUGAUGAUCAUCUCUAUACCCAGAGAGAUCUCUGACCCAGGACUCAUCACCAAACAUUUACAUGAGGCCUACCCCAGCUGCACUGUCACCGACAUCCGCUUCUGCUUCGACAUCCACAAGCUGAUGAGGCUGGACCUUGAGAGGCGUAAAGCGAUGAAGGGAAGGCUGUAUUUUGCCACCAAAGCCCAAAAGGAAGGAAAGAUCAUGAUCAAGACUCAUCCGUGUGCUCAGAUAUUCUGCUGCGACAUCUGCGGCUUUGAAAAGGUGGAUGCAGAGCAGUACUACAGUGAAUUGGAAGAAAAGCGGACGGACGAGUUCAACGCCGAGAAGAAUCGCAUCUCCAUGAAGCGGCUCGGCAUCGCCUUCGUGACUUUUCGUGACGAGAGGAUGACGGCAGUGAUUGUGAAGGACUACAGUCGUGUGCACUGCCGCCGCAGACCCCAGCAGUCCAGCAUCACCACGGUGGUGCAGUCUCACCAGUGGGGGGUCGGCUAUGCACCCGCUCCCAGUGACAUCAUCUGGGAGAACCUGUCGGUGUGUGGAUCUCGCUGGUGGCUCCGCUGCGUCCUCCUCAACAUCCUCCUCUUCCUGCUGCUCUUCUUCCUCACCACUCCCGCCAUCAUCGUCAACACCAUGGACAAGUUCAACGUCACCAAGCCCGUGGAGAGCCUGCAGAGCCCUGUCAUUACCCAGUUCUUCCCGACCCUCCUGCUGUGGGCGUUCUCGGUGCUCCUGCCCUUCAUCGUCUACUACUCAGCCUUCUUUGAGUCCCACUGGACCAGAUCUGGUGAGAACCAAGUAACGAUGCACAAGUGCUUUUUACUGCUGGUCUUCAUGGUCAUCAUACUGCCCUCACUCGGUCUAUCCAGUCUGGACCUGUUCUUCACCUGGCUCUUUGAUGUCAACUUCCUGGAGGAGAAGGAAGUCAAAUUCCAGUGUGUGUUCCUUCCCGACAACGGUGCGUUCUUUGUAAAUUACGUGAUCACGUCCAGCCUGAUUGGCACGUCUAUGGAGCUGCUCCGUAUCCCGGCACUGACGGUGUACGCCGUCCGUCUCUGCUUCGCUAAGUCCCAGGCCGAGCGGAUUCACGUCAAACGGAGUCAGGCCUACGAGUUCCAGUUUGGCCUGGAGUACGCCUGGACCAUGUGCAUCUUUGCUGUCACCAUGACCUACAGCAUCACAUGUCCCAUCAUCACGCCCUUUGGUUUGCUCUAUGUGAUCCUGAAGCACAUGGUCGACCGAUACAACAUCUACUAUGCAUACGUUCCCACCAAACUCAGCCAGCGGAUCCACAGAGCCGCCAUCAGCCAGGUCGUCUUGGCUCCUCUCCUCUGCAUGUUCUGGCUGCUCUUCUUCUCUGUGCUCAAACUAGGUGCAGUGCAUCCCAUCACCCUCUUCACCUUCGUGUCCCUGCUCUCCUGCAUCGUCUUCUCUCUCUUCCGCUUGUGCCUUAGGAAGCGACCGGACAAGUCAAUGAGCUACCAGAUGUCUGAUCAGCCAACAGAGGGGACGUUCACUGACGCAGACAGGAGCACUGGGACAUCCACCACGGCCUCCAAUCUGUUUGUGGCGUCUGUGCUACUGGAGCCAGAGCUGGCUUUGACUCCGAUGCCCUCCCCGGCCCACCACGGCUACGGUGCCAUGGCCAGCUCACAGGGUUCAAACCACAACCCAGCGGAGGAAGAGGAGAGCGAGGAAGACCAUACCCAGACCCAUGAGACUGAGCUCCAAGACCCCCCAGAACCUUACUGCUCCAGCCCGCUCAUGGACAGCCCUGUGGGCUACCAGUAACACCAAACCCCUCCAGCUGAUUUGCACGUGUCCUUCGCCUGGGGAACACAGAUUGCUUAAUGUCGCAAUGCUACGUUUUUGCCACUGACCUCAGACUCUAACUUCGCUGCCUCACACACUGAGAUUAAAAUGAUGAGGAACCUGGAGAGGAAAGGAGCUUAAGAGUACAGGAGCAGGAUUCAAAUUAACAUCAUCAUAAAUGUAGAAUCAGCAGUCGGCCAAAACCUCUCCUGAAUAUUUCUAACUGACAUGAACCACACAUCAAUCUUGAAAAAACAACUUUACUGUGCUUCUGUGGCUUCACGUGCAAGUUAAACGUAACGAAAGCGACUGAUGUGGAACUGCCUUGAUCAGAGAUCAGAGAUGCGGUGCCACUUCACGAGCGGGGGUGAAAGUUCCCGGCAGAGUGGGUGGUGUGAGCAGGCCCGCCCCCGCAGACUGACAGAGUGGUCCGGGCGCGGGUGAUAUCUGGUUCCUCGGCAGCAGAGCUCGGGGAGGCUGAGGGUGAGGGCAGCGAGUUGUGAAGCCAUCUGCAGCGAGAGAGCAGACAGACGGAGGGCCGAAUGUAAGUCAGAGAUGCAAUGUAAUAAAUGUACACUCUCUCCGUGGAGGCACAAGCAGCUUGACUGAACCUGAAGCUUUGUUGUAACCAUCAUCAACUUAAGGUUGCUAUUUUUGCUACUGUAUUUUUGGUGUCAUUGAUGUUGUGCUUCCGUUUGCGAGCGGGGGGGAAGCACUUGAGAGCGAGCAGGGAUUUGCAAAGUCGCUUCAUCUUAAUCAGAGUAUUCCCUAAUUAUGCUGUCCUGACUGUGUAUAUGAUACAAGUGUACCUUUAUUUAUUUAUUUCAUUUAAAUGAAAAGUUAUUAUUGAGCUAAUUUGGUUUCUUGCUGAGUGUAAGAUGAGAAGAUUGGUCAGAGUUGGUGGAGCUGAGAGAAAAUCUAUCUAAUGCCGUCAUAUUAAAUAUAACAUUCAUGAUUUUUGUAUUAAUUAAAACGAACAUUUUACACUACAAUAGGCAGCAAUCUUGUCUUUAGGGCAAUUAAAUUAAUUAAUGAAUGAAAUUAAUUAUUUUCUACGCUAGAAUCUGUGGGUGUUUCAGUUUGCACCCAAUGUUAUCCACAUUAAGUACAACUUUUUUGCAUCAGAUGGGCUGGACGGAAAAUACACUGAAUGUUCUAAAAUUAAAUCAAAUAUUAUUAAAAACUAUUAGAUUAAAUUAGAGUGGCACUCAAAGAGCAUGUAUCUUCGUCACGGUCCAACAGACUCCUUACAAAACCACGUUUAAAUUCAUUUGAUUCAGAUUUUUAAUUGGAUCUGCACCAAAUGGCACACACUCAUCAGUCCCCUGAAUAUGUCUGAUUCAUGAAUUAUUUUCAAGGAAUCAACGAAAAUGAUGAAAAACGCCCUAUUAAGCAACUUUGAUAAAGGCCCCCUGGUCCGGAUCUUCUCCAAAAUGUAAAGGUUUCUUUCUAGUAGUUUUCGUGUAAUUCUGCUAACUAACAGAAAAACAAAGUCAGCACCCCACCCCACUUAUGUCUGUACAGUAAAUACAAAGCUAUUUCCAGCAGCCAGUUAGCUUAGCGUAGCUUAGCUUAGCUUAAAGACUGGAAACAGGACGAGACAUUUCCCCCACUGGGCUCAGUACCUUAGCAGAUUCUUGCUGUCACCAGCUGACACUCCAAGUUACUGCUUAUUGCUAAGCUAAUUUAAACUAAGUGAGAAUUUAAGCCCACUUUAGCAUUGCCCGAUUUUUCAUAAUUGUCAUUUGCACUGUAAUUUUGCCCUCUGUACGAUGUUUGAUCAAUAAUGCUAAAAUUCCUAUAAUAUACGAUAAUUUCAUAAUUUUGUGAAAUAAUUUGGAUUGUUCAUUUUAUAAACAUCUUUCCAGCCAAUCAUACUUGGAGUUUUUUUAUGUGAUUGAUUUGUAGGAAGAGUCAAAUACUUGUUUGUCUAAACAUUGGCUGUGUUAAUUGUGUUAUACUGUUUUUUUAUUUUAAUUAAUUGUUUGUGUUGUUAUUGCUUUCUUGGAUAUGACUUGUUUAUUGUAAUUUCCUCCUAAAUAUUUCCCAUCUGCCAUCACUGACUAACCUGCUGACGACUGCUUCGUAUUCAACAGAUAAAGUAGACGUGAGCGUCGUCUCAUCUAACUCUCAGCAAGAAAGAAAAACAAGACUCAAAAUGUAGAAGCACACUAUGGAUUGAAAAUAGGCCAUUGAGUCGACUCAUAGAAUUCAUCCAUUUUACAAGUUACAUGAAAUGAUAAAUGUGACAUUAAAGGUAACUACCCCUGUAAAAAUACUAAAAGUAUUUUUAAGUAUCCUGUUACCAUAAUGGCUCAAGUUUAUUUAUCCUAAAAUGUCCCAACUACAAAUAGUAAAACUUAACACUACAGCCCCAUGAUGUCAGUUAUCUCUAUUCUGUGUGACACUCCACUGCAUGUAAACUGUGUGAUUAUAGGUAUGCAUUGACAGUAUCCUUACAGUCCCGUUUCACAUGAGUUGCCGUCAGCCUGUGUGUUUGCAGGGUUUGUAUCUUGGGGUUGUUUUUGUUUCGUCAUGGUGGGGGUGAAAGGUUUUCUCAUAGACCUGAAUGUAAAUUUUGUUUUCUUGUCUCUUGCUGUGCCUUGAAGAAAAACUCCCUUUCGUGUGACAAUCCAGCAUGGCCUGAAAUAUGCUGCAUGGACUGAAAACUAAAGAGCGGAGGAAACGACCAAGACAUAAAACUCAACCACCCAGAGUUGUGAUUCUCAUUCUCACUAACAUUCGAUGGGUUUUUUUUGUUUAUUUUUAUAUGUCAGCAGUGAACUCAUUCCAGUUCGACAUAAACAAAAGAUUCUUCACACAUGAGCUGCUUUUGAUCUUUUUUCUGUAGAAUUCGAUCAUAUCACAUGGUCUUCAUCAGUAGAUUAGUUUGCUAAUUAGUCAUGUAACUGUGUUGUUGUUCAGACUUUCAUUUUGGAAACUUGGCAACAUGUUGGUAAAACAGUCUCUCCGCUCAAGAUCCACUUACUUGCUUUUUCUGGAACCUUCAAGAAAGGAUAAUAAAUUUCGAGUUUUAUGCUAAAACAUGUAGGAAGGUGUGAUAAAGGACGCUUAGUAGAGUGGACAGUUCAAAGGUCCUAUGGCAACUCAGCAAAUUUUAGCCUUUGAUGAAGAUCAUGUGACAUGGGUGAAAGCUCUGGAACAAGUCAGUAGAUCUUGGAAAGAGACUUCUGUCAACUGCUGUGUCCAAGGUCCUUAUAAAUAAACUUUAAGCUCAACAAUAAGCUAACUUACUGUGUCUCCACAUCACAGCAGUUGUGUCUCUCUUUCGUUAAGAUGUUUUUUGUAUUGUGUCCUUGUUGGUGCCUUGGUGUUUUCAAUCAGCUGCUGUUUUCUCUUUACCAUAUGGAUCAUUGUAUGAUGUAUGAGCAAGCUCUUUGUCAAAGAUAAAAAAGUAUUUCAAAGCUGUUUAUCAAUUGUUAUUCCCUUGUCUUAUUUCUUUCAAUGUGUUCUUGAUCAGUUCACAUCAGAACAGCUGAAUGAUCUGAAUGAUUUAAAGGGGAAUUCUGGUAUUUUGCAACCUGGGCCCUGUGUUUGUAAAAUUCGGUGUAAGGCUACAAUGUAAGCUUAUGGGGCAACUGCGACAGUCCACCAAAUGUCCACUAAAUGUACUUCUAUCAUCAAUAAAAGGCUAAAAUUGUUAGUCUGCGUCUUUGCUCAGAAUUUGGCAACAUUUAUUGGUGAAAAAAGUGGCCCCUUAAGAUUAUAUUGUAGCCACUUUCGCCAUGUCACAGCUGCUGGAGGUGAUCUACUUCAUUUACACACCCAUAAUUAUAUACAUAGGCUCCCGGGUUGAAAAAUACCAGAAUUCCCCUUUUAGUUAAUUUAACGACUUCAACAUUAAUCAUAUAAAAUCAAAUGCCUGUGAUGUGACGUUUUCUACUCUCAUAAGAUUGAUGACAUAUUAUUUCAUGAAAUGAAAUGUAUUUGCUCUGUUUUAUGAGGAAUCUAAUUGUAGUUCCUCAUUCUGUAUGAAGCAGAUGAAAGCUGGCAGCAGAGAGGGUAUAAUGUGGUCAGUGCCGAGUAUCAUGAAGUAAAAUCUGUUUGAAAAGAAAAAACAUCAAAGAGCAUCUCCUGUGGGUUUCUCCUCCAGAAGCUUGUUUCACCGAUCAUUAAACACACUUUCCUUUGAAAGAAAAACACAAAAUAAAACGUAUUAGGGUAUUCUUGGCUCUAAUGUCCCAUGCAGGAGGUUUGUUCAUUUUCAUGCUUAACUAGUUUUAUUGUAUCCUAUCCUGUCAUGUCUAUUCAUGCUCUGCGGGCUCGGCCAUCCAAGGUCUGUUCGGGCAUUAGCUUUCCAGAUGUGUUCAUGUCUCUGGGUUAUAAAAUGUGUCUCUCAUAAGUACGUGAUUUCAAAUCUGAGCCUGCUGUAAAUGUGGGUUGUUAGAUCUCCAGGAGGUUUGAGGCUGAGCGACGCUCUGCUUUUGAGAGUGAUCUC